AUGGAUGUGAGGAAAAGAAAAAAUGGAAACCAGAAGGAGCCUACUAGUAAUCGGAAACACGAAAAUGUAGCAUUCGAUGAUGAUUAUUUCACCAAUAAAGAUCAUCAGUUAGUUCUAAGCCCGGCAGCACGUUUGUUUCAUUCACCAAAAUUCUGUUGUUAUGUUGUUGUAAGAAUGGGCACCAAAACUAGGAUAAAUGUGGAAACUAUUAAAGCUGGCCUGAUGAAAAACUUUCCUAAUCAUCCUCGCUUCUCUAGCAGAUUGGUGAAUGAGGAUAAAGUAUUAGGUGAAGAAAAGAGAUGGGAAAGAGUUACACUAAAUAUUGAAGACCAUAUCAUUGUCCCAGAAGUAGAUUGGGAGAUGGAGGAUGCUGAUCAGUUUGUUGAUCAGUACAUUUCUAACCUUACCACAAGCCCUCUUGACCUUUCCAGGCCACUAUGGGAAGUCCAUAUCAUCAAUGUCAAAACCUCUGAUGCCCAAGCUGUUGCAGUGAUUCGGGUUCAUCACUCGAUGGGGGAUGGUGCAUCCCUCUUGUCACUUCUACUAGCUUGUAGCAGAAAAAGUUCGGACCCUGAUACAUUGCCUAUGCUUCCGACCAAGAAGAAACAGGAGGAUGGUUCUUCAAGUGAUUCGAGCAUGUUUUGGAGGUUCUUAUUGACUAUUUGGUCAGCAAUCACAUUGAUGAGGAACACUCUUGUUGAUGUUCUGAUAUUUUUAGCCACUGCUCUAGUUCUUAAAGACACAAACACUCCUAUGAGAGGACCACCUGGGGUGGAGUUUAAUACCAAGCGCUUCGUGCACCGGACAGUGAGUUUGGAUCACAUCAAGCAAGUGAAGAAUGCUUUGAACAUGACUAUCAAUGAUGUUAUACUAGGAGUGACACAAGCAGGUUUCUCGCGGUAUUUGAACAGACGAUAUGGUGAAUAUCAGAAGGAUGAGGGAGCACUGCAGAAGGGACACAAUAAUCUUCCGAAAGGCAUCCGCCUUAGAGCAAAUAUUCUCAUGAAUUUACGACCAGCUGUUGGGAUCCAGGAUCUGGCAGAUAUGAUGGCUAAGAAUUCCAAGAACAAGUGGGGCAAUAAAAUUGGAAAUGUCCUUCUCCCCUUCACCAUUGCUCUGCAAGAUGACCCUUUGGAAUAUGUUCGUGGAGCCAAGUCACUUAUUGAUCGAAAAAAACACUCUCUUGAAGCUUUUUUCACAUACUUAUGUGCCAAUAUUCUGGUCAAUCUAUUUGGAGCUCAGGUAGCUGGAGCUGUAGCACACAAAAUUCUUUGUAAUUCCACACUAUCAUUCUCAAGCCUGAUGGGUCCAGUUGAAGAAAUCACUUAUUACGAUCAUGAAGUUGAAUAUAUUGCUUCUAAUGUUUACGGACAUCCACAAGCUGCACAUUUGCAUUUUCAAAGCUAUGCUGACAAAAUGACUAUUUGCAUAUCCGCCGACCCGGAUGUAUAUCCUGAUCCUGAACAAUUGUUGGAUGAUUUAGCGGAUUCACUCAAACUCAUCCGCGAUGCGGUUGUUGACAAAGGACUCACCAUUGCCAAGAAAUAG